UGAAAUCGUAAAUGCAAAGAACACGAAUCUUCACCGCGUCAUAAAAACAUCGAAUUUUAUCAAUAAAACAUGAUAAUUCCUUAUGGAAAACCCAUUUGAAAUGGCCAACAAAUCAUUAUGCUAGGCGAUAUUCAGUUAACCAAGCGUCUUCUUAUUAUUGCUUUAGUUCUUGGCAUUAUUUAUAUUUUGAAGGAAUUCGUGUUUGUUUCAAUAUGACUCAGCAUCGUGUAGCGUACUUCUACAAUGCUGAUGUUGGGAACUUCCACUACGGGCCGGGGCACCCGAUGAAGCCCCACAGGUUGUCGGUGACCCACAGCUUGGUGUUGAAGUAUGGGCUUCAUAAGAAGAUGCAGAUUUACAAACCCUACCGAGCGAGCGCACAUGAUAUGUGCCGGUUCCACAGUGAAGACUACAUUGAAUUCCUGCAGACUGUCACUCCACAGAAUAUACAAAGUUUCUCUAAAGAUCUACUGCACUAUAAUGUAGGUGAUGAUUGUCCCGUCUUCGAAGGCCUGUUCGACUUCUGCUCAAUGUACACAGGAGCCUCACUAGAGGGGGCUAUGAAGCUGAAUAACAAUGCCUGUGACAUUGCCAUCAAUUGGUCUGGUGGUCUGCAUCAUGCUAAGAAGUUUGAACCGUCAGGGUUCUGCUACGUAAACGACAUAGUGAUAGCGAUACUGGAGCUGCUAAAAUACCACCCUAGGGUCCUGUAUAUCGACAUAGAUGUCCAUCAUGGAGAUGGUGUCCAAGAAGCAUUCUACCUCACCGAUAGAGUGAUGACGGUGUCCUUCCACAAGUAUGGGAACUACUUCUUUCCCGGCACUGGUGAUAUGUAUGAAAUAGGGGCGGAAAGUGGACGGUACUACUCUGUCAAUGUGCCGCUGAAAGAAGGGAUUGAUGAUCAGAGUUACGUUCAGGUUUUUAAACCGGUGAUAUCAAAUGUUAUGGAGUUCUACCGGCCGACAGCGAUAGUGUUACAAUGCGGGGCGGAUUCCCUCGCUGGAGACAGGCUGGGGUGCUUCUCUCUGUCUACUAGAGGCCAUGGGGAGUGCGUCAAGUUUGUCAAGAAUCUAAACGUGCCCACCUUGGUCGUUGGUGGGGGAGGCUACACACUACGCAACGUGGCGAGGUGUUGGACGUACGAGACGUCCUUAUUAGUGGACGAGAAUAUCUCCAACGAACUGCCCUACACUGAGUACUUGGAAUUCUUCGCUCCUGAUUUCCAGCUGCACCCUGAGAUUAGCAGCACGAACAACGCGAACACCAAGCAGUACCUGGAAGCGAUCACGAAACACGUCUACGACAACCUCAAGAUGUGCCAGCACUCCCCUGCCGUGCAGAUGACGCACGUACCAGGCGACUUCUUCCCCGAGGAGUACCGCAUCAAAGACGAGCCCGACCCAGACGUCAGGAUCAGCCAGGAAGAAGCAGACAAAAUGGUGGAGCCCAAGAACGAGUUCUACGAUGACGAGAAGGACAAUGACAAGGACCCGCCGCCUGAGGUGAAGGAUGCAUAGCAUACGAACGGGGAGGCCGACCCCUUAGCCAUUUGACAGGGCCUACGGAAGUAUCGCAAGAAGUUCUUGUGAUGUUGGCCCCCCGGCCCGUCCGAACCUUAUUGAUGUGAAGUGUUUGGUGAAGUGACGCGUUUGGACGUGAAGUGUUUGGUGAAGUGACGCGAUUGGACGUGAAGUGUUUAGUGUAGGGACGCGAUUGGACGUGAAGUGUUAUAACUUAUGGAGAAUUGAGUGUUUUUACGUUGUGGAAUGGUGGAAAAAGAUCUCGUUCUCAUCUUGUGCCGCGUUACCUCGCGCGAGCGAGGGAGACAGACAUUCCUUAAUGGCUUAAAGAGACUAAAGUGGCCCCACCAGAGAGGUGAGUUAAAUCAAGCUCGUAAUAAUAUUACGUACAGAACGGCAACUCUCCGCUCCCCACCAGCGGCUGAGCUAGGUUUACCUCACCCCCCCUCGGUCAUACUUUAGUCUUUAAUCGUAUGGCGUCAGACGUCACA